UACAGGCUGUCUUCCCCGUGCAGAGCAGCCUCUCCAGCUCGGACACCGUCAGCACCGGGGACACGCGCUCAGAGUCCUUCCUGUUCGGAGACCUGGAGCUGGACCGGGACCGGGAGAACCGGGACAUGAACGCCAUUUCAUCUGGAAAGGAGGGGAAAAAACGAGGGCGAGCCUCUCCGCGGCCAUGUUGGCUUGUUUACCCGCUGAAGGAGGAUGAGAGGAUGAGGAGGCUACUCAGCAUCCACCAGACAUCUUCACCUCCGCCCGCAGCUUCUUCACCAUCUUCUUCCUCUCAACAAGUCCCCGUGAAGACACACGACAGAACAAACAUGGCUGCCGUUCAAAGACUCGUUAAAGCUCCAGAAUGAGUCUUUAAAACAGAGGGCCGUCUCCCCCGCUUCAUGUGUGGUGCUGUGAGGCAGUCACUGAGGACUACAAUAAAAGAGAAGAACCAAGAAAACAUGUGAAUCCCAAAAACACGACGCUUGAGAGGAGGAACCUGAAGGCACCAUGACGUCAAACUCCAGCGACGCACGUGUGACUGCAGUGAGGUGCAGAGAUGGCUGCUGAGAGGCUUCAGUUUCAUGAAAUGGGCUUAGACGACCGUCUUUUAAAGGCGGUUGCAGAUCUGGGUUGGUCCCAGCCCACUCUGAUCCAGGAGAAGGCGAUCCCUCUAGCUCUGGAGGGGAAAGACCUCCUGGCUCGAGCCCGGACCGGAUCAGGGAAGACGGCUGCAUACGCUGUUCCCGUCAUCCAGCGGAUCCUGACGUCCAAACAGAGCGUCCGUGAGCAGGAUGUGCGGGCUCUGAUUCUGGUACCGACCAAAGAGCUGGGUCAGCAGGUCCAGGCGAUGAUCAGACAGCUGACGGCGUUCUGCUCGAGGGACGUUCGAGUGGCCGACAUCUCUGGGAAAGCCGAUCUGUCAGCACAGAGGCCGAUCCUGAUGGAGAAGCCUGACGUGAUCGUGGGGACGCCGUCCCGUGUGCUCGCCCACCUGAACGCCCAGAACCUGCUCCUGCACUCAUCCCUGGAGAUGCUGGUCGUGGACGAGGCCGACCUGCUCUUCUCUUUCGGCUUUGAGGCCGAUCUGAAGAACCUGCUGUGUCAUCUGCCAAAGAUCUACCAGUCCUUCCUGAUGUCAGCUACUCUCACAGAGGACGUCCAGGCCUUAAAGGAGCUGCUGCUACACAACCCAGUGAUCCUGAAGCUGCAGGGCUCCCAGCUCCCCGACAGCAACCAGCUGCAGCAGUACAGCAUCAAAUGCGAGGAGGAGGACAAGUUCCUGCUGAUCUACACGCUGCUCAGGCUGCAGCUGGUUCAGGGGAAGACGCUGGUGUUCGUGGGCGCCGUGGAGAGGAGCUACAGACUCAAACUGUUCCUGGAGCAGUUCGGGAUUCCCGCCUGUGUGCUGAACUCGGAGCUGCCUGUCCACUCCAGGUGUCACAUCAUCACUCAGUUCAAUCAGGGGUUCUACGACUACAUCAUCGCCACAGACGAGCAGAGCUUAGCCAACCCCACGGCGGCUCCACAGGCGGCCGCGGGUAAAGGGAAGAAGAAGAAGAACUCGGAGAGAGGAGGAAAGAAUAAGGACAAAGAGUUCGGAGUCUCCAGAGGGGUCGACUUCCAAAACGUGUCCAACGUCGUCAACUUUGAUUUCCCCGUGACCGUCGAGUCCUACAUCCACCGAGUCGGGAGAACGGCGAGAGCGGAUAACCUCGGCACCGCUCUGUCCUUCAUCGCUCACACCGAGCUCGGCCUGCUCUCUGAGGUGGAGGAGGCUCUGACAGGAGAGAAUUCAGAGUCUGUCCUGAAACCGUACGAGUUUAAGAUGGAGGAGAUCGAAGGCUUCAGGUACCGCUGCAGGGAUGCGAUGCGUUCAGUGACCAAGCAGGCGGUGAGGGAGGCCAGACUGAAGGAGAUCAAACAGGAGCUGCUCAACUCAGAGAAGCUGAAGACGUAUUUCGACGAUAACCCGAGAGACCUUCAGCUGCUCAGACACGACAAAGACCUCCAUCCUGCUGUCGUCAAACCUCACCUGAAGAACGUCCCAGAGUACCUCGUUCCAGAGACUCUGAGGGGAACAGUGAAUCCUCUGUCGGGUCGCAGGAAGAGGAAGAAGAUGGACAAACCACAACCAGAGGGAGUGAUGAAGAGCAGCUUCAAGAAGAACAUCAGGGGGAGGAACCCUCUGAGGAGUUUCAGAUACAGCGGGGGGAGGAGCGGGAACAGGAGAGGUAAAACAGGAAAGUCGUAGCUGCAGCAGCUCUGUGAGAGACUCUUCAGGAGGACGGUUUUCUCUCCGUUAACGACCCAAACAGGAAACUUAUGAACCGUGUGGACUCUGGAUUAAACGGGCGGUUAAAGCCAAACGGACCGAGGACUAAACUGAAUGUGAACUUUCAAUCGAGGGGAAAUGAAAGAAAGGAUGGUUUGAAACCCAAACAUUUCCUACCACAAGAGGGCGGAGCUUUGAGAAGGAAACAGUAUCCAUAAUAACUCAUUUCUGUGUGUGUUCUUGAAAUAUCUGUCUUUAUUAAAAUAAAAUAACCACCUUAAAAAACAA